AUGGCUAAGCACUUUCUCCUGCUGAAUCUGAUAGCAGUCACUUUCGGCUGUGUUGUGUUAGCUUUUGAGCCAAGUCCCUUGCAAGAUUUCUGUGUGGCUGAUCCUGCUAGCCCAGCUAAGGUAAAUGGUUUAGCUUGCAAAGAUCCCAAGUCUGUUGAAGCAGAUGACUUUUUCUUCAGUGGCCUACAUUUGACUGGAAACACAUCAAACACCUUUGGUUCCAAGGUCACUCCUGUUAAUGUAGCUCAAUUACCAGGACUUAACACUCUUGGUAUCUCACUAGCUCGUGUCGACUAUGCACCAUGGGGAAUUAAUCCUCCUCACACUCACCCAAGAGCUACUGAGAUACUCACAGUCCUAGAAGGUUCUCUUCAAGUUGGUUUUGUAACUUCAAAUCCUGAAAAUCGCCUUAUUACUAAGGUCCUUAAAAAAGGCGAUACGUUUGUUUUUCCUAUUGGACUUGUUCACUACCAACGCAACGUGGGAUACGGAAAUGCUGUUGCUAUUGGUGCUUUGAGUAGUCAGAAUCCUGGUGUUAUAAGCAUUGCUAAUGCUGUUUUCGGAUCGGAGCCAGUUAUAUCAACAGAUGUUCUUGCCAAGGCUUUUCAAGUUGAUGACACUGUUGUUGCUCAGAUCCAAUCAAAGUUCUAAAUCACAAAGUUAACUUACAAAUAGACUUAUGGAAGCUUGAGAGUGUUUGUUUUUUGUUUUGUGUGUGAUGAUAAAGGAGUGAGACAUUUAUUUGUUUACUGUGUGAUUCAUUAACAGAUAGU